AGCCGGCGCGGAGGGAGAGCGCUGUGCUGGCUGAGGUCUCCGAGCGGCUCGCCAUGGCUGGCCCGCAGCAGCAGCCCCCUUACCUGCACCUUGCGGAGCUGACGGCGACCCAGUUCCUGGAAAUCUGGAAGCACUUUGAUGCAGACGGAAACGGGUAUAUUGAAGGUAAAGAGCUAGAAAACUUUUUCCAAGAGCUGGAGAAGGCAAGAAAAGGUGCUGGCAUGAUGUCAAAGAGUGACAACUUUGGGGAGAAGAUGAAGGAGUUCAUGCAGAAGUAUGACAAGAACUCAGAUGGGAAAAUCGAGAUGGCAGAACUGGCGCAGAUCCUGCCGACCGAGGAGAACUUCCUUCUGUGCUUCCGGCAGCACGUGGGCUCCAGCGCGGAGUUUAUGGAGGCUUGGCGAAAGUACGACACAGACAGAAGCGGCUACAUUGAAGCCAAUGAGCUCAAGGGGUUCCUGUCAGACCUGCUGAAGAAGGCAAACCGGCCCUAUGACGAAUCCAAGCUCCAGGAGUACACCCAGACCAUACUCCGGAUGUUUGACUUGAACGGGGAUGGCAAAUUGGGCCUCUCGGAGAUGUCCCGACUCUUGCCUGUACAGGAAAACUUCCUGCUUAAAUACCAGGGCAUGAAGCUGACCACAGAGGAGUUCAACGCAAUCUUCGCAUUUUAUGACAAGGACGGAAGUGGCUACAUCGAUGAGAAUGAGCUGGACGCCCUUUUGAAGGAUCUGUAUGAGAAAAACAAGAAGGAAAUGAACAUCCAGCAGCUCACCAGCUACAGAAAGAGCGUCAUGUCCUUGGCCGAGGCGGGGAAGCUCUACCGCAAGGACCUGGAGAUUGUGCUCUGCAGUGAGCCCCCCAUGUAAAGGAGGGUGGGAGCUGCUUCUCCACCCUCCCCCAAACCCUGCCCCUGCUGCCCUGACACUUCUACCCAGACCCAGGGGUCAUGGUCCCCUGCCCUCCCACGAGCCGCACACACCAGCCAGCAGAGCAGGAAAGGAGAGAUGGAGGAGGGGCUGCCGCUCUACUUGCUCAGACCUGACCCUGACCUGACGUCCUGCUCUGCCUGCAGCCUAGAUCUCCAAAUGCAGGGAAGGGGGGGGCAUGGGUGGAGGUUCCCUCAUCUUUUCGUGUGAUGCAUGAGCUCAUUCACUGUAUGGUUUAGGCUUCUAUGUCCAACAGAGUGGACUCCUCCCUCUUGCUGCCCUCUGCCUUUCCUCCACGCCACCCCCAACUUCCCAGUCCCACCCACCACCUGGCUAGCGGUGUAGCUGUCUCCUCCGAGUUCCUGUCUGUGGAAGGCACGGGCCCUUCCCUUGCUGUCUUUAUUCCACGUGCUCCUUUUCUCUUUUUGU